AUGGAUCACAGGGAGAGCGACGAGGAAGUGGAGAGCAGCGUGGGCGGGGUGGCGCCGAGGGAUAUGGAGAGUAACGCGUCGAGCUUCUUCGACGACGAGGAGAUGGGCAUAAGGGAUCCCCUGCUCCGUUGGCAGAUCGGGAAUACCACGUCGCAGCUCGCCGUCGUCGGCGCCAACGUCUGCCCCAUCGAGAGCUUGGACUACGAGGUUGUGGAGAAUGACAUAUAUAAAGAAGACUGGAGAUCAAGGAAAAAGGAACAGAUAUUUCAAUAUGUACUUCUCAAAUGGACCUUCGCACUUCUUAUAGGCUUGGCUACUGGGCUAGUUGGAUUCUUCAACAACCUUGCUGUUGAGAACAUAGCUGGAUUUAAGUGGUUGCUGACAAGUAAUCUCAUGCUCAAGCACAGGUAUCAUGAAGCAUUUGCUGUGUUUGCUGGCUGUAAUGCAAGUCUGGCAGCAGCUGCCUCUGCCUUAUGUGCUUAUCUUGCUCCUGCAGCAGCUGGAUCUGGCAUACCCGAAGUGAAAGCUUACCUAAAUGGCAUUGAUGCUCAUCCAAUUCUGGCUCCUAGCACACUGUUUGUAAAGAUAUUUGGCUCCAUAUGUGGUGUCUCUGCUGGAUUUGUGUUGGGUAAGGAAGGGCCUAUGGUACAUACUGGGGCAUGCAUAGCAUCCCUACUUGGUCAGGGUGGAUCACGCAAGUACCACCUGACAUGGACAUGGCUCAGAUACUUCAAGAACGAUCGGGAUCGUCGAGAUCUGAUAACCUGUGGAGCGGCUGCAGGCGUGGCAGCUGCCUUCAGAGCCCCCUUGGGUGGGGUCCUCUUUGCUUACGAGGAAGCAGCAUCCUGGUGGCGAAGUGCUCUGCUUUGGAGGACAUUUUUCACGACAGCUGUAGUUGCUGUGGUCUUGAGAACCUUCGUAUAUUUCUGCCGCAGUGGAAACUGUGGGCUCUUUGGGAAAGGAGGAUUGAUAAUGUUUGACCUCAGCUCGAACAUUAGUGCCUAUGGAACACCAGAUCUGAUAGCAGUAGUUCUUCUUGGAGUCAUUGGUGGUGUUUUGGGAAGUCUAUACAACUUUCUUAUAGACAAGACACUUCGCAAAUAUAGCAUCAUCAAUGAGAGAGGAGUUCCAUUUAAGAUCCUUCACGCAGUGGCUAUCUCACUCUUGACUUCUUGCUGCUCAUAUGGACUUCCUUGGCUGGUCAAAUGCACGCCAUGUCCUCCAGAUAUCUUGGAUCAGUGCCCAACCAUUGGUCGCUCAGGCAACUACAAGAACUUCCUGUGUCCACCAAACCACUACAAUGACCUUGCUUCCCUCUUUCUCAACACCAACGAUGAUGCCAUCCGUAACCUUUUCAGUGGUGGCACUAACAAUGAGUUCCAUAUUUCCACUCUCAUCAUCUUUUUCGCGGGAGUUUAUUGUCUUGGCAUUGUUACUUACGGCAUUGCAAUCCCUUCUGGCCUCUUCAUCCCAGUCAUAUUGGCUGGAGCCUCCUAUGGUCGACUGGUGGGGACUCUUCUUGGUCCUAUCUCUAAACUAGAUGAAGGUCUCUUUGCCCUCCUUGGUGCAGCUUCUUUUCUUGGUGGAACUAUGAGAAUGACAGUCUCAGUUUGCGUUAUACUUCUUGAGCUCACCAACGAUCUUAUGAUCCUCCCCUUCGUAAUGCUUGUUCUCCUCAUAUCUAAAACUGUUGCUGAUUGCUUCAACAAAGGGGUCUAUGAUCAAAUGGUGAAGUUGAAAGGUUUCCCUUUCAUGGAGGCUCAUGCUGAGCCUUACAUGAGGAACUUGAAGGCCGGCGACGUGGUGUCAGGCCCACUCAUCACCCUUGCUGGGGUUGAAAAGGUGGGAAAUAUAGUUCAUGCUUUAAAAUGGACACGUCAUAAUGGAUUUCCUGUAGUUAAUGAACCACCUUUCUCUGAUGCACGAGAGUUGUGUGGUCUUGCAUUAAAGUCACAUCUGCUUGUGCUGCUCAAGGGAAAGGGAUUUACAAAGGAGAGAGUGUCAACUGGUGCAGCAGAUGUUUUGCGGAGAUUUGAUCCAUUUGACUUUGCUAAGGCAGGAUCUGGAAAGGGUGUGAAGCUGGAAGAAUUAGAUAUUGAUGACGCAGAGAUGGAAAUGUAUGUAGACCUCCACCCAAUUGUCAAUAGAUCACCAUACACAGUGAAAGAGACGAUGUCUCUGGCAAAGGCUGCAGUUCUUUUCAGAGAGCUCGGACUUAGGCACCUGUGUGUUGUGCCAAAGUCUCCAGGGGGGUCUCCAGUUGCAGGGAUUCUUACUCGACAUGAUUUCAUGCCAGAGCACAUUCUUGGACGUUUUCCUCACCUCAAGAACCACUAGUAGCAUGAGACAAGAAUCAAACGUAUCGCUACCUUCUCUCCAUUAUUAUUUGUGGAGAUAUUUUACAUGCAUUAUGGUUCCAUGUACAUCUUGAUUGCAUUUUAUUUCCUAGA